CAACUCGGCCUUCACCCACAAAGUUCAAGGUCUGGUCCAAUGAUUAUUUAACACAAGUUUGAAUCAAAAUAGUACCAGGUCUUACUUUCACUGCCAUGAUUCACCCUUCUUUCUUUACUAUCUUCGAGUAAACUUGGUCUAAUACCCAGUUCCAAGCUAGUUACCUGUUGGCCGCCGGCCUCAUCCCGAGUCAGAGUCUCUCCUUGAGAACGGAAUCUUUAUACCCUUUCACUCCCAACCUUGCCUACGAAUUUGCGAAUUCGUAGGAGCCUGGGCCGACUUCAUGUCCUCGACGGUGUCCAGUACCGCGUUUCUCACGAAUCCUACCACCCCUGCAUUCUCCGACGACCUUGAAUGGAUCACAGCAUAUCUUACAAUUCAUUCCCUUAGUAUCCCCAGUCGACGCUAUUCCUUUCUUAUCUGGAUCGUCGUCGUUUUAUUUUUUCUUGUCUUCGCCAUCCUCCACUGGACAGGUUCAAGGGGUGGUUUUAUUGGGGCACUUUGGACGAAAUGGACUCUCCGCCGACGAACUUGGAGAAAAAAACACAACAUCACACUCGCUCUCAAAAACAAUUACCCGCACCGCCAGCCCAAUUCUUUGCCUUCCAAUGCCCAACUUCUUUGUUUGGCACUGCUCUUGGGGGGUUCCCUAGCCCUUACAUUUGUCGGCCCGGACUAUAUUUCUCCGACUCUCAAAGUGUGGCAAGUUCGCCGAGACAUUGCCUUUGUGAAGGCCCAGCGUCGUAAUUUUAUUCCGAACAUCGCUCCCUAUUUGUCACUUCAACCACAAUAUAGUAUCGAUAAAGCAUGGUGGACUUCAUCGGCACGCGCGGGGCAAAUUGCGUUCGCUCUCUUUCCUCUUUGUGUACUUUUUGCCCUCAAAUCGCCUCCUUUCGCGAUCUUUGCCAUUCCUUUCAUGAUACAGUUCUUUUUCGACAAACUCGCUUGGCUCCAUCGCUGGACAGGCAGGUUAAUAUGGUUUCUUACAUCAAUUCAUAUCGCGCUGUGGAGUGUCCAGCUCGUUCGAGAUCACAAACCUAGUACUGGUCGUGUCGCAUACGUAUACGCUUUCUCCUACACACCCUUCAUCUUUGGCUGGAUCGCGUUUGCAUUGCUGACAUUCAUAAUCGUCCUGUCCAUGAACUCCAUUCGAAGAAACUUCUAUGAAGCCUUCUAUUUCUUGCAUGUUUUACUUGUCCCACUCAUGCUCAUCUCUGCCGCAUUCCAUCAUCCUACACUCUGGUGGUGGUGUUGGGGUGCUCUCGCAAUUUGGGCGGGUGAACGCCUCUGGCGGUGGACUUGGUGGUUUGCCACAAAUACUUGCAUUCUAGGUAGCAGUUCGUCAUCUAAGCGUUUAGAUCCUGCAAUAACUGCUGCUGAUACGCUCGAGAUGAAACAUCUUGGCAUCCAGUCACUGAACACACUCGUUGAUUCACAAUCCUUCCGUUCACCGAGCUCUUUGAAACCACAUGAUCAGUCUGACCGACAAACAGAUAGUCCACAUUCAUCAUCGCUGCCCAUUCGCCAUCUACCCACAGGAUCGUUCGAACCGGACACUGUUAGGUCCACAAUACACCACCUCUCUCCGUACAUUCCUCCUCCAGGAUAUGCCCACGCUGAGCUUCUCUCUGGGCAUACAGUAAGGCUGCGUAUUAUAACCCCCGGAUUUCUAUCGUGGGCUCCGGGUCAACAUUUUCUCAUCAAAAUCCCCAGCGUUUCCCGAUUCACCACCCAUCCUUUCACCUGCGCUUCUGUGUGUGACUAUGAGUCACCUACAGAUGAGGGCCGUUUGAUGGUUAUGCUCAUCCGUGCAAGAAACGGCUGGACUCAAGAUUUAUGGGAUUUAGUUUCACGUAUGACAACUGAGCAAUCACCUGGUGACAUCCCAAUGUGUGCCGCAGAAAAUCUUCCUAAGCAUGGUGUCUUGUUGAGGACAUAUGUGGACGGACCUUUUGGUAGUUCUAUUCGUGCUCGUUGGGGCAACUACUCGACAGUGUUGAUAAUCGCUGGUGGCUCAGGAGUGAGCUUUGGCUUGUCUGUGUUACAGUACAUUUGUAUGUGCCUUUCUGGCCGGGACGGGAAGAAUCUAGGCGGCCAACCUGGAGGUUGGGGGAAGAAAUCAUUCCUGACCAAACGGGUACGCUUCGUAUGGCUUGUCCGUGAAUAUUCUCACAUACAGUGGUGUGCCUCUAUUGUUCGCCGCUGUCUUUCCUUGGUACCAUCGUCUGCCUUGCAGAUCGACAUAUUUAUCACCAAUUUCAAACCCAUUGCUCUCAAGAAAUCCGAUCUGCCUCCUUUGCAGGUUCCUCAGCGAUUACUCUAUACUUCUGAACCUGUUCAUUCCGAGGACUUGCAGCCUCCUCACCCAUCCUUUGCACGUGGCAGUCCUUCGCCGCUUCGCUCUGAUUCCAAAGACUCUCUCGACAAUCCUGAGAGUGAUGUUGACCUGAGCUACUACACUGGAGAACCUGGGGACCCAAUGGAACCAGAGGAGGAUAUUGGCUUGGCACAUGAGUCUCACAUACUCGAGUUGACCAACUUCGAUGGUGACGAUGAUACUACUCUGCCAGGGGAGCACAAUCUGUCUCACAAGGUGAAGAAGGAAGGCAAGCUGCGACGAGCUCAGUCGCGGAAGUUCUCCAAUGAGAGAACGGUGCGGUUGCUAGAGCCUCCCAGUCGUCCUCACAGCAUGCAACUCGCUGCAAAUAGAGGGUCUGCUAUCUCUGCCACCUCAGGACUUUCAUCAGACAGACUACUUCCAUUAUCUAUAAAUUCGGACAACAGAUGGUCUGAGAUAUCGAUGGACACCUUCACGUCUCCGACUUCCAUGUACGGCGAUUCGCCGACACGCGGUCAGCAGUCGACGGACCCCGCGCAUAACUUCUCUGCCAGCGGUCGUUCUUCUCAAAUGAGUCAUGCAGGGGCGUCAACAUCCAGGUAUUCCACCAGUAGCUGGGAAGGCAAAUCAGAUGCUGGCAGUUCCCGGGGUCUUUUACAAUCUUCCGCACCUGAUGGCUCGCUCAAUCCAGUCCAGUUUGAUAUUAGCGAGGAAGAAUCGCGGGAUAUCAGUGUUAUUGCAGAGCAUGCACGACCUGGUAAACCCAAGCUUGACAGGAUCCUUGCAGAUGAAGUUGAGCAGUCGGAGGGCUCCGUGAUGGUUGCUUGUUGUGGUCCCACCUCGCUCAACGUGAUGGUUCGCAAAAUCAUUGCCGCGCAGAUCGACCCUUGGCGGGUGUGGCGAGGUGAUAUGCGCGGGUCGAUAUCACUCGUUUCCGAGGAAUUCGAGUAUUGAUGGUUCACCGUGACAUUUUGUUUUACUCUUCACCUGAACAUUUCUUUGAAUAUUGACGAUCCAUCGGGACAUUUCAUUGUACUCUUCAUCGAACAUACUGUCAUUAUGUAUCUUACAUUUCCACAUACACUCUUACCUCACAUUUUGCAUCUCAUCCCAGCAUCGGUUGUAGUCGCUGUCCAGACAUAAUAAAGUCCACUAGAAUAUUUGGCCAAUGUAUUCUUCGUCGUUCCAUUGACGUACAGAUAGACCCAUUAACCAGAUGUCUAAGUGCUGAUGAGAUGUGCUAGAACACCUUAUACAGGUGGCUUGACGAUUCCCUGGCUGAUCUUGUAAUAGACUGUUGAUGUGUCUUCUGAGGUGAUGGCCACAUAGAUCUCGGAUGGUGAAGGAUCAAGACUGGUAAAAGCAGCG